GAGGCAGCAGGAUCACCUGAGCCCAAGAGUUUGAGCUCGCUGAGCUAUGACACCAAGACACUCUACGUAGGGGGACAAAAUGAGACUCUAUAUAUAAAAAAAGAAAAAUAAAGAAAUGAAGAAGGCAGGAGUGGCCUGCUCAGCACUAGGCCUGCAGUUUCGAUUCCCAGCCCAGGUGACUAGCAGAGGUGAGCACCAGACCCAGGAAACAGUUACUAAGCCAGUGGUGAACAAAUGCCUCUAGCAGAAGUGGAGGCCAAGCUCAGAUCCGACAAGAGGAUGGAAAAGGGCACUAAUGCCAGAAGCCACCAUGCUUGAGACUGGCAGGCGGUGGCAGCUCCUUGGUUGGGGAGUCUAUGAUGCCCUGGGCAGUACCCUUGAUAGGAGAAAGGGAUAAACCAGCAGCACAUUGACUAGGAUGGUGUGGGACACUUCCAGGGCUUGGGGCAGAUGAGCAUCUAGGUGAAAGCAUAAGUGGGUUUAAAUGUCCCAGUAUUGGUUUCCAUUAAAUCAUCCAUAAUUGAGAACAGAAAAGGAGAUUACAAAAGACACAGAUGCCCAGUCAACACUACUUUACAAACCACCCAGAGUUUUCUCUGGACAGAUCCCAGGGUAGGGGCAGGGAGUAUAAAGCUGCCCAGUGCCUAUGUCCUGGGGGGGGUGGGAGGGAUGUGGUCAGCCACCAUCUGGAGAAGGCCCUCCACCCACAGAACAUGCAGUGUGUUUGCUUAAGGGAUAAAGCCUCAGCCUCCUGAGACAAGGCGUGUGGUCAAGGCCCUCUGGGCAGGAGACUUUGUGCUGUGUGGUUGAGAACAGUGCUGAUUUAGCAUCAGCUCACCGGAUUAGGAACCAUGGUUCUGCCUCUGGCCUGUCAGCCUCUUCUUUUUUUAUUUUUUUCUUAGUUUCCCUAUCUGUAAACAGGAAUAAUAAUGUCUCUCUAGCAAGUCAUUAUGAGGAUUCACUGAAAUAAACAUGUCUUGUAUCUAGCACAGGUUUCCUCCCUCCUGUGUUGAGCUUUCUGGAACAGGGAAGCAUGAGGUAAAAAUUAUGUUCUUUCUCUCCCAGUGUCGGUGGAAGCUGAUGGAGAAUCGAGCUCUGGAUCCAGGGACUCGGGACUCCUAUGGUGCCAACAGCCAUCUCCCCAACAAGGGGGCCCUGACAAAGGCCAAGAACAACUUCAAAGACCUGAUGUCCAAGCUGACAGAGGGCCAGUAUGUGCUGUGCAGGUGGACGGAUGGACUGUAUUACCUUGGGAAGAUCAAGAGGGUAAGCAGUUCUAAGCAGAGCUGCCUUGUGACUUUUGAAGAUAAUUCCAAAUACUGGGUCCUAUGGAAGGACAUACAGCAUGCUGGUGUUCCAGGAGAGGAGCCCAAGUGCAACAUCUGUCUGGGGAAGACAUCUGGGCCCAUGAAUGAGAUCCUUAUCUGCGGGAAGUGUGGCCUGGGUUACCACCAGCAGUGCCACAUCCCCAUAGCAGGCAGUGCUGACCGGCCCCUGCUCACACCCUGGUUCUGCCGACGCUGCAUCUUCGCACUGGCUGUGCGGAAAGGCGGCGCGCUGAAGAAGGGCGCCAUCGCCAGGACGCUGCAGGCGGUGAAGAUGGUACUGUCCUACCAGCCCGAGGAACUCGAGUGGGACUCGCCCCACCGCACCAAUCAGCAGCAAUGCUACUGCUACUGCGGCGGCCCCGGAGAUGUUGGGAGGCCUAAGAGAAAACAAAUGGAGAACGUUUCAGGAACCUUUGCAGCAGACAAGCAGUGCUUCUCAACAUUUAGCUGCAUAAGAUGGUACCUGCGGAUGCUGCAAUGUUACCGGUGCAGGCAGUGGUUCCACGAGGCCUGCACCCAGUGCCUCAAUGAGCCCAUGAUGUUUGGAGACCGGUUCUACCUGUUCUUCUGCUCCGUGUGCAACCAGGGCCCAGAGUACAUCCAGAGGCUGCCCCUGCGAUGGGUGGACGUGGUUCACCUGGCUCUCUAUAACCUGGGGGUGCAGAGCAAGAAGAAGUACUUUGACUUUGAGGAGAUCCUGGCUUUUGUCAACCACCACUGGGAGCUCCUGCAGCUUGGCAAGCUCACCAGCACCCCUGUGACAGAUCGAGGACCACAUCUCCUCAACGCUCUCAACAGUUACAAAAGCCGGUUCCUCUGUGGCAAGGAGAUCAAGAAGAAGAAGUGCAUCUUCCGUCUGCGCGUCCGUGUCCCACCCAACCCGCCAGGGAAGCUGCUGCCGGACAAGGGACUGAUGCCAAAUGACAGCAGCGCCUCAUCCGAGCUGCGUAAGAGAGGAAAGAGCAAGCCUGGUUUGUUGCCUCACGAAUUCCAGCAGCAGAAAAGGCGAGUUUAUAGAAGAAAAAGGUCAAAGUUUUUGCUGGAAGAUGCUAUUCCCAGUAGUGACUUCACCUCUGCCUGGAGCACCAACCACCACCUCGCCAGCAUAUUUGACUUCACGCUGGAUGAAAUUCAGAGUUUAAAGAGUGCCAGUUCAGGCCAGACAUUCUUCUCAGAUGUGGACUCCACCGAUGCUGCCAGUACCUCUGGCUCCGCCUCCACCAGCCUCUCCUAUGACUCUAGACGGACGGUGGGCAGCCGCAAGAGGAAGCUGGCAGCCAAAGCAUACAUGCCACUGCGGGCAAAGCGGCACGCAGCUGAGCUGGGUGGACACUGCCCCUCGGACAGCAGUGCAGAGGGAGCUUCAGGCCCAGAGCGUCCAGAAGAAGGCAUUGACAGCCACACGUUUGAGAGCAUCAGUGAAGACGACUCAUCCUUGUCUCACCUCAAGUCAUCUAUUACUAACUACUUUGGUGCAGCUGGGCGGCUGGCCUGUGGGGAGAAGUACCAGGUGCUGGCUAGGAGAGUCACACCUGAGGGCAAGGUUCAGUACCUGGUGGAGUGGGAAGGGACCACCCCUUACUGAAUAGCUUUUGGGGGAGGCCAGGAGCCCUGAAAACCAAAGGAGGGACAGCAGAAGCCACAGGCUCCCACUUUUUCCAGGCUGGGGUGGGAGAGGGAAGCAGAACAGCGCUCCAAGUUCCUGGCAAAAGGCCCUGCCUGUCUGCUUAUCAGGCCAAGGCCUGUGCCUCUCUGCUGUGCCAGUUCUGUUCUAGGGCCUCCUCAGGCUCAUCACCCCUGUGCCUAUGUCCCUAAGGUCCCACUGGCUGUUUUUCAGUGAAUCUACACUCCAUACCCCUCACUCUGUUCAUGUUCCCCUGAAUUCGGGUCUCCCUGGCUCUGUGACCCUUUCUCCUGAGGCCUAAAUCUUUGCCACCAGCUCUGUCCCUUAACCUCUGCACCCCUUUUGGGCGUGUUUAUACAUUCUACGUCCACACUGCCCCUCCACUGGGUAUCUUUUACAUCUGACCAUUGGGCAGCCAGUCCUUCCAGGGACUACAUUAUGAGGAUAGGAACCUUUGAGAGAAUGGGAGGAGGUGGAUAAAAGGCUAUCUCUCAGAUCCUUUCUCUCCCACAUUCCUGCCACUGCCCUUGGAGAGAGAUAGUGGGGGGUGGAAGAAGGCCCCUGUGAACACCUAUGAGGCAGAGAUCCCAAGACUCAGAACGUGAGGAGUGAAGAGCUGGGUCUGCUUCUGAAGGCAGUGGCACCAGGGCCCAGGUAUCUGAGCUGAGAGUGAAGGCUGCAGGUGUUGGUGUGGAGGUUCCAGAUUUCUGCUACACCCCAGGCUGAUUCUGGUGUCUCCUGCCCCCAGACCCACCACUCACAUAGCCAGACAACACAUAUCCACUCACAUUUAAAUUUCCAUACACGCCUCAAACCACCACACGUGCAAACAUGCAGCCACACAUUCCCUGUGGGGCCAACCUGGCUCUCUUGCUUGGCUUUUUCCUUGGCCCUCUGCCAGGGCCCACAUGCUGCAACUCAGUGUGAAAACUCAGAUCCUGCCCCCCUCUUUCAGCCCCUGGGCCAGCUUUGGCCCCAGGGGGAAGCCCAGGGAACUCACAGCCUCUUCCAUAUCCCCUCCCCUGCCCGGCCCUGCAGUUCACAAUCACUUUUUGAGAUAGGCUGCGAUUUUUAAAGGGCCUACAUCAUUCAUUUCCCUCAAAGGGAAACCCUUAUCAAUGGGAGUAGAAACUGAAUUCUAAGAAAAAACAUUCAAACUGGGCCUCAUGUGGAGGGAAACCAAAACUGGGAGGGGAAAGGGGACCCCUCAUUUUUGCUGCUUCUGGAGAUGUUAGAAACUGACUCACUCAAUUAGAAAAUGGCAAGAAGUGCCUUGACCAGAGGGCAGGCACCACUUGGACACCAGCCUUGCGACUGCUUCUGUGACCCCCAGCAUGGCUGGGUUCUGAGGGCUGCCAGCAGGAAGGCAAAGGUGGGAAGAAAAGUGAGUGAUGCGGGCACAGCAGACCUGAGGAACUAGGUUUUCCAUUACUAGGCCUGAGCCCCUUCCUCACCUGUGGGCACUCGGGGGCCCCUGAGAUAGUUUAGAUGCCCCUGCCUUAAACUUCUGCUCCCAUUGUGCCUUUCAAAGUGACCUCACCUCCUGUGCACAGUCCACCGUCUUCCCUCUGCUUCCCUGGUGUGGCCUGGGCAGGGAUGGGCUGGCUUGGGCCCACUUCUCCCCUUCUCAGCCCCACAGCUGCUGCCACUGGGGCCUCCAACUGGGGCCAGGAAGGGGAGCUGAGAAGCCAGACCCCAACCCAGCAGGGGUGUAGGACUGCAAUCCAAGCCGUGCCUUCCUGCCUGGCUUUAGGGCACAUUGCAGCCUCCCAGGCCUGCUUUCAGGACUUCUAAGGAAGCCCAACAUGAGCAAGGCCUGUUAUAGUAUAGCUGCCUCUUCCCUGCUCAGACCUCAGAAGGCUCUGGGGUUGAAGAGGGGAAAGGAGAGAGGGUGGCCUCUUCCCUACUUGGGGAAGCACAAGGCCUAACAAAGUGGCCCUGACUCCCCACCCAGCGUUUCCUUUAUACCAGAUCAUAGCUGCAUUACUGCCAACUGACCCUGUAACCCUCUGCACCUUCUAAAAGAUUCAUGGUUUUGAAUUGCUGCUUUUGAUAACAUUUGUUAUAUUAAAAGUUAUAAUUAACA